CUACAUUGACCACUUCCUUUUCAUGGCAUCACUGUUGUGAAAGUGUACUGUUCUCAACCGAGCUAAGGCCAAAUCGGCGACGUGCACUGCUAUUUUACACCAUCCUCUAAGUUUUCAACUUAAUUUGACGACAUGGCCGGUAACGACGAACUUGCAUGCGUAUAUGCUGCCUUGAUCUUGGCUGAUGAUCAAGUUGCCAUCACCAGUGAAAAAAUCAGCACUCUCCUGAAAGCUGCUGGAGUAUCAGUCGAGCCAUACUGGCCUGGUCUGUUCUCCAAGGCUCUGGAUGGCAUGAACGUGAAGGACCUGAUCACCAACGUGGGAAGCUCCGCUGGUGCUGCGCCCGCUGCCGGAGGUGGUGGUGCUGCUGCCCCUGCCGCUGCUGGUGCCGCUCCUGUUGAGGAGAAGAAGAAGGAGGAGAAGAAGGAAGAGUCUGAGGAGUCUGAUGAGGACAUGGGCUUUGGUCUGUUUGACUAGACUUGGGACAAGAAAUUCCAUAAGUUGAAACCUGGUUGAAAAUAAAAAUCGAAAAAGCCUAA